CAGCGCCUGAGCCUGUACCGACGCGCGGCGCGCUGGGAAAGGGAGUCCGGCGGGGCGGGGCCUGAGGGGCUCCCGCCCCCACGGAGCCCGGCGGGGGGUUGCGGCGGCGCCCUCAGGUGUCCGGAGAUGAGCUCCUCGCUUCUAGUGGCAAUGGUUACCGGCAGGCGUCGUUGCCAUUGCUCACCACUUUUUCCAUGUGGGUACAUAGAUUAGAUAUAGAUAUAGAUAUGCUCCCCACGUGCUGCCAGCUCAUCACCUGGUCCAUGACCCUCUCCAGUGUUGUCAUGGCCCUCCUUGCUUCCAGAACAAAACAAGGGCCCUCAUCAAAAUGAGGCUUUCUUAGAGAAGGAGUUGUAAAAGGCAGCGUCAUACAUCCGCGUCAUGCAAAAAAGAUUCAUGGUUUCAUAUGGAAAACUGGAACUCUCGGUACCAAAAGGAUACCUUUCAGGAGACCAACCGGGAAAUCGCAAGCCAAAUUGUCCUUCUCUGCAAGCUUUCAGGAUCAAAGUCCCUUUGUCAGGCUCUGGGAAAAGAAUAGAGGGUACAGGCUGGUGAAACAUCCCCAUAGGUAGGAAAUAAACUUAAUUUUUGUACAGAGGGAGCUGAAGAUGGAAGGCUAUCUUCCUCCGAGUCCAUGAGAGUGUCUUUGUGAGCGGGGCUGAGUAGCUCUUUGAUGGGUAGAUCAGGUAGGAUUCCUUCCCUGGAGGUGUCAGAUGGCAGGCAGGGAGGUCAAUAUGUUAUAGAUUCAUAGACAUUAGGGCUGGAAGGGACCUCACGAGAUCAGCAGGUCUAGCCUUCUGUCCAAGGUGCAGGAAGUCAGCUGGGAUCAAAGGAUCCCAGCAGGUUAGGCAUCCAAAUGUUCCUUUAAAGUGGGCAGAGUAAGUGCUUGCACCACCUCUGGGGCAGUGUUCCCUAAGCUGUAUGGUGUGCGCAGGCAGGUCUGGCAGCAUGGCAUGUGUGCACCUGCACAGCCAUGCAUGCCACACAGCUUAGAAGGAAUGCUGCUUAGGGGGGAGUCUAUUCCAGGCCUUGGGGACUCAGACAGUAAAGAAGUUUUUCCUUAUGCCCAGCCUAAAACAGUGAGAGGCUGUCUCUAACUGCCAGGUGCACUUAGGUAGCAGAGCUUGCUUUGUGUCUCACUCCCUGGCAUGGGCAGGGUUGACACUCUCAUGUGGGCCCAGUGCCUGCCAUUCAUUCACACCAAAAUCCCAGCGGGUUCCCAUUGGUGUCCAGAGAAGGGAAAGAAUUUUGGAAGGCCCAGGGUCUUUCUGAGACCUGUGCAACAAGAAUUGCAGGGGAAGGGGAGUUUCCCUCCUAGCCAAACAGAAUCAGAGGAAGUGCAGAGCUGGCAUUUUCCAAGUGUCUAUUGAGUGUAGCAAGGGCUGGCGCGCUUUGCAUCUAACAAGGGGUGCCUUGAGUCUAAAAGGCUAAGAACGGCUGAUUUGCACAGGCCUUGAUGUCAGAAAGCGCAAAGGAAUUCCUUUCACUUGAAGUUCCUGACCAAAUAAAUCAUGCCUCAGUGCUAAACUGGAUUAAAGCCUUAUUUGCACCCUGAUUUGACCUGAUCAUUACUGGGCAAGUCGUCAAGGAUCUGGAUAAAGAAGGUAAAUUAUAAUCUCCCUGCAUGAUCUCAGGUGGAGUCCAAUACUCCUUUGCAGAAGUAGAAAUGAUGGGAACAAGAAAAAGCAAUCCGCAGCCAACAGGUUAGUGGCUAGAAGCUGCAAGGAUUUUUACUGAAAGAGGAAAAUGCCUGUGUUCCCUCAAAACAUCAGCACACAGAAAGGAAUUCAGUUAAAAAUGUGACAAAAUAGGAGAUGUAUGUUUGUGUCCUGAUGCCAGAUUUUCCCCUCUCAGGACUAUUGUUCUUGCAUCAAACAGUUGUUUCAACAUGCUACGAUAACUUGUUUCCCAUUCUGUUUUAUGUCAGAGGAAACACCAGGGUAACCAACUAGUUGGAACUAGUUUGUUUUCUCUAUUUUAUGCAAGGGCAAUGAAAGUAAGUGAGCGGUCAGAAUCUGAAGGGUCAGGUGAUCUCAUUUGUGAUGAUGUCAUAAGAACUAUUGUAACAAUGGGAGAGAUUCUGGAAGUUUGAAUCUGUGCAAUGACUAGCAACCAUUUUCAGUGUUUCAACGCUUGAGCAAACCUGGAGAAGGGUUCAAAGUGCCACUUCCGUCAUUGUGAAAAAGCCUUUGGUAGUGAUACUGUCUGCUCAUUAUGGAGAGAGGGAAGAUGUUCACAUCAACUUUGUGGAUUUAGACAUAUGGAAAUAAAGCAAAAAUACACCAAUAUCUCAUGUUUCUGGGAAACUCAGCCUUUAGGCUGCGUGAGGAUCAGUUGCGUCUUUCAUCAUAGCAAACCACGUAAUAUAAAUGGACUUUUUUUACCACCUAGUAGCAAUGUCACACACAGACAAGAUUUUCAGGAAAGUACUCUGCAUCCUUCCCUUAGCCAAGAACCCCUGAAAGGUCAAGAAAGCACUUUAAGACCCAUUCACCCUCCACUGAUCAUAAACAUCAGCCUUGAGGAGGAGGAGGAGGAGGAACAAGAAGAAAACUGUAUCUCUAAUUUAUUGACAAAGACUCCUGCAGACAUUGAGGAAGAAAGAGCAAUAAGGGAAAUAUGUUAUAAAUCUGGAGAGUAUUACAGAAUCCAGACUCCUCAGGAAAACUACUCAGUAAAAAUUAUGUCUUCAGCACUGCAGAUUGAGCUCUUGAAGCCUAUGGAAACUGGCAGAGAUUUACAGGAAGGUGAUGGUGUUUCAGUUCCAGCAAAGUUUCAUAAUAUAAAAAGACAAGGAGAAAUAAUAGUAUCAUUAAAUGGAAACACCAGGACGGACCUUGGCUCCUUUGAAAAUGGAGGGGGUGAUUGUUAUGUGCCACAAAGGAACAGAGUUGGUGGAGGGAAGAAAAAUGAAGCAUUAAAUGGGGGGAAACAGUUAAUUAUAUCAAAACCUUCAGAUAUAAAAGGAAUGAACUACACUGAACCUGUAAAGAAACAUCACUUUAAAGGAGUGAAGAAAAAGAAAUGGAUUUCUGAGGAAUCAAAAAACUCAUCUAGUACAUAUUUGGGGAAAGCAACGCAUGGUUCUCACUCAAAAAGUGAAGCAAAUUGCCAAAGAAGUUAUCAAAGGCAGAAUUUUGAGAAUGCUUCUUAUAUUCCUUCUCUAAAAGCUUCUGGGAGAAGCACUUCUUUCUAUUCGCCAGAAUCUGGAAGAUCAACAAAUGUGACCAACAGCAAUGUCAGCUUCAGUAAAGAAUCCAAACUGAAUAUAUCCACAGACAAAUGCACUUCAGCAUCUUACAAUGCACCAAUUUGGAGAAAAAGAAGCCCACAUACAAAAGCAUACUCUAAGUCUGAAAAAAUCCAUUCAGAGCCAAGAAGAAGUGGAAGCAAAUAAAAAGCCAAGACUGAUUUGGAGAAAUGAACAAAAGAAAACCACGAUACCUCAUACAAUUCAGAGGAAAAAAUAUAAAAAUGCAAAAUCAAAGAAUAAGAUUACAAAGUAUUUCACACUGACGAUCUGAAGAUGAUAAAAUGCAAAUUGUAAAAAUAAGAUGCAAGAAGUACACUGUAGUGUCUCAAACCUGAUAAAAAUGCAAAUUAAAAAAGUCUAUGCUGCAUGUGUGGUUAUGAAGAUCUGCGGCAUAUUCAGCAUGUUGCUGAAGUUUAAUCUAGUUGGAAAUUUUGACAAUUCAAGUCAUUAUUUAACUUUGACCCUGGCUGUACAGUACAGAUUGAAGCAAAACCUUAUUUUUUAUCUAUAUAAAGAAAAAAACCUUGAAUCUAAUAAUAGAUAUGGCUAGCUGGACUUGCUAGCAAAUCUGAUUGGCACUUCAGAAGGAUUUCAGUAUACAUACCAGCUUUGACACACUCUACACAGGGACAGCUUUGACAUGGUUUUGGAUGGUAAUCAUUUAACUCUUACCCUGAUAUUUGGUGACUGACUCUUCACUUAUUUUUGAAUGUUUGCUAUUGAUUGCAAGGAAAGGAGAAUUGUAUUGUGAAUAAGAUGACCAGACUGAUAGUUAACUGUGGUAAAUUAUUCCAAACAUUUUAAAGCUAAAAUUUAAGAGAUUAUUCAAGAAGAUGGAGAACAAAGCUGAGAAGAUGAUUUGAAUUCUCAGUGCAUUUACAAUUAGCAGUGAACAUCUGCUAGAGUUUGACUAGGGAACCUCUUUUUCUUAUCUUUUCCUCAUUUUCACUGCAUGGUUUUGGUUUAGUGAAGCAGAAAGAAGCAACCUGUUAUCUGGGAGAAUUGAUGUUUGAUUCAAUCAGAUUCUAGGAGUGUUUUAUCAGCCUAUUUCAUGGGGAAAGGAGAGAACAUUGUGCAGCAGCAUGGUGAAUGCCCCUUCACUUCAUGCUGAGACAAGAAUUUGAGGCUGGACAAGGAAGUUAUAAAGCAUUUAGCAGGAGCAAGUGGAGUGGAAUUGGGCAAAAAUAGAGAUCACAAGCUAAAUUAAAGAGCACACAGGAAAAAUCCAAUUAUCAAAGGAACAGAACGAUUAAAAGUAAAUGCCCUCAAACGUUUAAAAAGGAGAAUGGAAUAGUAUUGCCUGGAAAACAACCUACAGCGGGUCAAAAUUUUUCAUGGAAAAGACCAACAAAGAAGAGCAAUAAUAAAUUUACAAAGUAAUGAUUACAGUCAAGAUUAUUAUGCAUAACCUAUUACAAAUAGGCUUGCAAGACUGCAGAAAAUACAGCAGAAAGACACUUUCACAGAUGCUGCAUCAUUAGAAUUACAGAGGUAUUAGACCUAUGCAAGUGGAUUCCCAUUCAACCUUCCAAGGGACAUUGUUUAAAGUUUCACAUCCAGAUGUCUGACUGACUGAUCUGCCACACUUUAUACUCCUAUAUGAAUAUGAAGUUAUCAGAAUUAGAGCACAGUUUUGAAACUAACAAGUUAUCAAAACAACUGUUGUUUAUCGUGUGGUUUUUUUAAUAGGAGCAGCUGCGCAAGCCCAGAAACAAUUAAAUGCUUUCCUUUUAACUAUUUUCUAGCAAACUUUUGAUCUUGCAUUACUGGAAGUUUUUCAUUACAAACCAAAAUGAACACACAAGCUCAACCAGACACAGCAUGUUUCAGUUUCAGUUUUAAUAAAUGGAUUCAAGCUUGUGAAUUUUCCCUGGUUUUUCCAAGACUGAGACGAACUUUAUUCUUCUUUCAUUUUUCAUGGUGUUUAAGGUAACAAUAUCUCACAAGAGCAGUUGCUCUUACAAGUUUACUAUCAUCACAGAUGGCCGAUGUCUUGAGAUAAUGUGGUCCUAUCUAACCUCACCUUUCACCCUUAUUUAGUUUCCAAGUUUAUUUCUGUGUCUUAAUCCAGAUCUGAGUACUCGUUCACAGACUUUAAUUAUUAUGUAUAAAAGCUAGGAAAUAAGAGGACACUAAUACUUUACUCAGUGUAUAUGCAGAUGAACAAGUUACCUCUGUACAUGUUUUAAAAUACAUUUAUUUCAAUUAAUAAACUUUCCAGUCGGUACCCCAAGCUUUGCCUUUUCCUAAAAGCAAAGCUGUUUUGAAGGAUAGUUCUUCUGGAACUUCCUUCUGGAGCCGUGGGAUCCAGUGAUUCCACCAGUGCCUUUUGCUGUGUCCUCUCUAAAGUUUUAAAAAUAUGUUGAAGCUUAUCCCCCAAAGCAUUUAGUAGGACUUAGAAAUCUUCAGUCACUGCCUCCUACUGCAUCCAAUAGAUUUUGCAGAAAGCUUUGAUCCCAAAUUCAUGCUGUAACAACUAAAGCCAUUUAACUGAGGAAGAUUGCCUUAUGCCUGAAAGCUUGCCUAAGAUUUCUUUCAACCAUACAGUUGGUCCAAUAAAAUAUAACACCCAAAAGGGUCUUCUUUCACAUAUUCUCUAGACCAGUGGUAUCCAACCUUUUUGACAGAUAUUCCACAAAUUAGCCUUCUGCCCUCCCUGAAUGACUUGUUCAGUCUGCUGCUGUGCUUCCUGCUCUGUGCUCCCUUUGUGAUCUGCUGCUUUAUUUUUUUGCUUCCUGCCCUGUAUUUUCUGCUUCCUUCUCUCUGCCUGAUCUGAUGCUCUCCUUUCUGCCCCAUAUAGGUGUGUCCAGAUGAGCAUGGAUGUUCAGUAUGCGGUGCCACAGACCCAUGUGGCACCACAUGUCGCACAUGCAGACAUUCCCUGCACUGAUACUUUGCAGCACAGUAGGGUGGGGGUUGAUCCCAAAAGAUCCCAGGGUAAAAAAAAAACCAUGGCUAAAAAAAGCAGGGUGCAGCACACACCACCCAAAACUGGA